AUGCCCUCUCCUCUUGAUCGAUUAUUUCUCUUACGAAGCGAAAUUCAUGAAAAUGUCUCGCAAGUGUAUAUCAAUAAAAUGCAAUGUGAGCGACUUUGUGAACGUAUCGAUCAAUUAAUCGAGCCACUCGAACGUUUAGAAUAUGCAUCGUCGUCGGUGAUGCGCACUGAAACACGUGCGAUUCUUGAUAAAUUUCUGCAGUGUGUCGACGAUUGUAAUCAUUACAUUGAAAAAUUCAAGUCGUCGGAUCGAUGGUACGAAGAGGCGUACGAGUACGGUAAAAGUGAGGAUAAAUUUCAUGAAUUAAACCAUCGAUUAUCUCAACUUGGACAAGAUCUGUGCGUUGGUUUGAAUAUUCAGCAAAUAUUUGAUCGAAAACAGGAUCGGAUCGAUCAACAAGAAGAUUUAAAAGAACUAACAAAAAAACUCGAUGAAAUUGCACAAAAAAUGUUAGAACGACAAUGUGAACAGUACCGAUUUAUCGAUAAAAUGCUCGACAAACGUCUUCAAUCAUUUCGAUUUUCUCUGGCACAAAAUCUCUUACUCCAUUCGAAUCCUAACCUUCUCGACGAACACCAACAGUUUCUACAUAUUCCAUAUAAAGACUUAUGCAUUGAGGACCAACCUCUUGGUCAUGGAGGAUUCGCUGAUGUUUAUCAAGCGAAAUGGUUGACGCAUCAUGACCAAGUAGCAGUGAAAAUCAUUCGCAUUAGUCAUUUGUCGAACGCUCGAGAAGAUUUUGUGCGAGAAAUCUCGACAAUGUAUCGAAUACGAUAUGAAAAUAUUCUUAAUGUUCUCGGAGCAUGUAUCGAACCAAGCUUUUAUGCUAUUGUCGUGGAGUACAUGCCAUUGGGGUCGCUCUAUGAUAUUUUGCAUCGGAACAAUAAGCAGAUUUCGUUUGACUGGUCUGAUCGAUACUCCUUAGCAUGGCAAAUGGUCAAAUCGAUAAAUUAUUUACAUAAUUUCAAUCCAGCAAUUCUCCAUCGGGAUAUCAAAUCAGCGAAUUUUCUAUUGAAAAACAAUGGAACGUCAAAUCAGAAGUAUCUUCUUAAAGUUUGCGAUUUUGGUUUAGCAGAGAUUCGACGCGAAACGCUUCUACAAUCAGGAGUCUUUCUUUCUCCUCAGAUCGUUGGCACAUUCUGUUGGAAAGCACCUGAAUUAUUGCUUCCACAUGCUCGACACACGAAACAAAGUGAUAUCUACAGUUUGGGCGUGGUUUUUUGGGAGUUAGCAACAGGAAAAAUACCAUGGAAUGAGUACGAAGAUGCAACAGUGAUAUUAAUUCAAGUCAAAAUGGGUGAACGACCAACCAUUCCAGUAGACAUUCCUGAUUCGUAUAAACAAUUGAUUCAGGAUGCUUGGAAUCAUGAUCCACAAGAACGGCCAACAUGCUUUCAACUUAUGGAGCGGAUUUUCGAAGAAAUGAAUCGACUUAACAUGACAACUACUCCGAACGACAAUACUAAUUUAGAUUCAAAACAUUUAUUAACAAACAACGAUUCUACAAGAACUGCCAUACAAGUAGCUGAAGAAGAAAAUCCAACGGAGAAAUCAAGGAACAGUGUUCAAGAUAGCAUCAUUCCACAAUCAGUUACAGUCGAAACAACAACAUCAGAUGAACAGACUAGUCCAAUCCAUUUGGGUACAACAGGAAGAUUUAACAUCAUUGCUUCAGAUGUGCUUCACUACAGUCAACAAGAUGAAGUGCGUGCUGUUUCGCCGAAACGAUUAGACCGAAAGUUGUCACGAUCGAUUGAUGAUCUGACAUCGAAUUCUGAUACAAAUAGUAACUCGACAGACAAUAGUUUGUUCCAAAUCUAUCGACUGGAAAAACGACGACCAUUGCAUCGUAAAUAUAUUUCGAAAGAAAACAAUAGUUAA